AUGUCUAGACGGGAAUCAGAUAAGACACCUCUAAUAAAUAGAGAUGUACCUGAGAGUCCCUUAAUUGUAGAUGGUGAUAGAAGAAACGAAGAUGACGCGACCAAUCGUCAACCUCAACAGGGUACAAGAGCAGGAUCCAAUUACAUAUCCCAAUCUAAAAUAGGUUUGCAAAGAACCAGCAGAACAUCUCAAAAGCUUAAAAUCUUACCUGAAAAUCCUCCGAAUCUAGAUGAUGAUGCAACGGAUAAUGGUGUUUAUUCUCAGGUCACCAGGAUAAAAGAUACGCCGGCUAGAAAGGAUGCUGAGAUAUUAGGAAAGCUGCAUAGGGAUCUUUUGCCAAGAGUAACAGCAUAUUGUACUUGUGGGUCCUAUAAAAUGAAGGAUUUGUUGAGAUGGUUAAAAGAUAGGAAGAGAAUUCACAAUACAAAUCCGAAAUUGUUCGAUGAGUGUCUUUAUACUCCUUUCAUGUUUAAAGAUUGGAGAGGAGAACAAGACGCCCAACACCAGCUAAUACGACUUGCAGAUGAAGGUGGCGAGAUAGAUAUUGGUAAAAAAAGUGAUUUGUUCAUAUUCGAAUAUGGUGUUAUUGUCAUGUGGGGCUAUACUGUCAAAGAAGAAUCAGCCUUCUUAGAGGAUCUCGCUAGAUUCGAGAGCGAGAAACUAUCUCUGGAAGACGUGCAAAUAGAGGAAUUCAAUUAUUAUAUCACUGCCUCAUACCAACCCCGUAUAUAUAACGACUUUAUCUCGUUGCGGGAUGAUAGCAAUUACAUGCUAAAGCUCUCCAUCUCUCAUGCGUUGUCUCAAUCGGUUAAGAUAUCCUUGUUUGAAGAGCUCGUGGACAACACCAUCGAAGACACCCAAGAUAUCCCUCAUCAAGUAGCACAGACAGGAAAGGUCGAAAUGAAUAGGGAUGAGAUAAUGAAAUCUAUUGGAGAGCUCUUCAUUUUACGUAUAAAUAUAAACUUACAUGGUUCAGUACUAGAUUCGCCGGAACUAAUGUGGGCAGAGCCGCACUUGGAACCGAUAUACCAGGCUACACGGGGUUAUUUAGAAAUCAAUCAGCGAGUGGAAUUGUUAAACCAGCGACUCGAAGUUAUCUCCGACCUAUUGCAGAUGCUUAAAGAACAACUUGGCCAUUCUCACGAGGAGAAUUUGGAAUUCGUUGUCGUACUUCUUGUAGGAGUUGAGGUACUAGUAAGUGUCGUCAAUAUGAUUGUAGAUAUUUUAACUUACAAAUAA